CCCCCCCCCCCCCCCCCCCCCCCCCCCCCCCCCCCCCCCCCCCCCCCCCCCCCCCCCCCCCCCCCCCCCCCCCCCCGCCCCCCCGCCGGGGCCGCCGCCCCGGGAGGUACACCCUCCCAAAAAUAGAAAUUUGUUCUUUCCUCCCAGCGAAAAUUAAAAGUUUUUUUCAUUAUUUUUGAUCACACAGCGAAAAAAUUUUUUCUUACACCCCCUCAAAACAAUUUAGCUUUAAAGCUUUAAAAAUUGUUUACACCCACCUCUUCGCAAUUUACGGCCCUGGUAAGUACAUAAGUAGUAAUUCAUCAGCUUUUUAUACUGUUUAGAGCUAUUGUUUGUGAUACUCCGACGUACAUAUUACACAUUAGAAGAAAAAAGUGCGUGAAUAUAAAGUAUUAACUGACAAAUCUUCAUACUCUGUUCUCACAUGACUCAAACAGCCACUCCUGUAGUGACGUAGCCACCCGCUAGAAGUUCUAUAAUUCACACUACUCUGCGCUCAUGUCUACCAUUUUGAAAAAAUUUGGGACAACGCCCACCCACUAACAAAAUCCUGGCUACGCCACUAUAAUCUACAUACGUCACUAACAGUGAUAGAAAGACUUUUAUGAUAUAAGUAUCAGUACCAUUUCCUAUAUCGGUACUGAAGGCUUCAUGUAUGGUACUACAAAUCGAAAUCGUCGCUAUUAAUACUGUAUAUGGCGGCAUUUUAUCUUUAGAUCCAAGAAAACUACAAUAAUAUUCGAAUAUGUCUAAUAAGUACACUGUUAGCCUGCAGUUAUGGAUGUAGAUGUUUCAGAUUAGUUAAUAUGACGUGUUGAGGUUUAGAAUGUUUACGAAGUACAAAUCUACUUGGAAGAUUUUUGGUUUGCAUCUAAAAAUGACUCUUUUUUCUUAUCUGAACGACUAUCAUUGGUUAUGUAAACAAGAAAAGACUUACCACAUCCAAAUUUGCUAAAAUGUUAUUAAAUGUACUGUAAUAUGUAUAAUGAUGAGAUUGAUUAAAAUAUAUUGAACACAAAAGAUAUGAUCUGUAAGAGUCGGUCAUUAUUGCAUCUUUAUCUGAUUUAGAACAUUGAUGUUCUCGAGUUUAUGGAUAUAGAGUUAAACAUGCCAUCAUCAGAAACUCGAGUUUUGUUUUCUUUUCAAAUUGACAAUGUGAAACAAUGUGAAAAAAAUAAAAAACUAGUUAUAUUUUGACAGUUUCUAUAGCUUUGCACAAUAACUUAUCCUGACAUCUUUGAGAGACUCUGACUACUUUCAUCUUUGAUACACGCCCUUCUUUUUCUCUUUUGCUAAGUUAUGCCUGAAGUGUUUUGAAUGUACUAGGUUUUCUCUUUCAAAACUACUCUGUCAUACCGUCAAAAACGUUUUUGUUGUUUGUUCAUUGGUUCAUAAUAAAAAUUAAUUGUUAGGUGGUUUUCGUCAUCAAAAGGCAGUUGAGAUUAUGAUUUAUUAAUCUCAUAUUAUAACAUACGAAAUAAUAGCUGUUAUAGAGAAAAAGAAAAACGAUUUAUUUUCUUUUGGGAAAAGGAGUAGAAUCAAAAUGUAUUACGUCUUCCGUUUUCGCAUGACUGAUUCUAUAUUUUGAUGUAUUGUUGUUGUAUAAGAACAACUUUUUUUGCUUCAAAAACUAAAAUGCCUAAAGUGGAAGUAGUUUUAGCAAAAUGAUGCGGCAGAUCUUCGUACAGAGUUGGUCAUUGUCUUGAAAACAGAUAAUCUUUAGUUAAAUGAACUAAUUACUAGAGUUUUUAAAAACAGAACCAGGGUUCUCGAUCAGGAAGGGGCAGGAGGUGCUGAAUCCAUCCUAAAAAACUUUUUAGGUUUCUAGCAAAAUCCUUGACGUUUUUCUAUCAAGAACUUUCUGCCAAAAAUUUCGAAAACUGUUUUUUGCGAGCCACUUUCUAUGAAGCAAAAUUUUUAGUCCCUUUCCUAAGAACAACCGGAAAUUCUGAUCAGAACUCUAAAAAAGAUAAAGAUGAAGUUGAAUAUAACUUAUAAAACUAAUUUUACCGCGAAUGCUUUAUAAAAAGAUAGUAUUUUCUUCUUGAUAAUGACAUUCUUGUAAUGAUGUAUGGUGGUUUGAUAUGAAAGGAAGGUGCAGUAUUAUCAUCACUUAAGACACCCCCUUCUCCAGGGACGCACCUAGCAUCUCACAGCAGGGGAGUGGUCCUGCUAAAAAAAAUUUUCGUUCUUCCAAAAAAGAUGGUUUUUUGAAGAGCGAAAGACGCCAAACAGAAACUUUUCUGAAAGCAGGGAGGUGUAACCGCCCCCACAAGCCGCCAAUAGGUACGUCCCUGCCCUGACCGGGUCAGAAAUGUCAAUUUUCGUCAAAAAUAUGGAUUUUGAGAAAAGCACAUGAUGAGUCCAAAGUGUUUACUUUCUAAUGGCAUAAUUUUUGUGUUGAGGAAUGGGUUUUCCAUGGUUUUUCAGCGAGUUUUCCAGAACUCUUGGAACAAAAACAGUGACUAUUUUCCAGGUAGCUAUGUUUGCAUAUGCACAAGCAUGUGCCGACAUGCUGCAUGCGUCGGCGCACAUGUUCAUUAGAUCCGCCAUGACCUAUAACCUCCAGAAAAGUAUGAACAAAUAUUUAAUGCUCAAAUAGUUUUCAAGUAAAAUACAUUUAAAAGAAUCAGAACUUAUUUUGCAUUUUUCUCAAGACUGGUCUUUUAGCUUCAGAAGUUUGGCCACGUGUAGAAUUCUCGGUAACAAUAUAUCGGAGAAAGAUAAUUUUUUUUUGAUUUGUAGAUAACACCUAUAGCUAGGACCUGGCAAUGUCCGAUUUCUAAAUUCUGUUUCCAUUUUUUUAUAGAAAUUUCUAAGAAACCGUCCAAGGAUUUUUCGGAUUUUAAAGUUCUGUUAAGCACCAGAUAUCAGUAAAUGAGAAAUUCAAAAAUCGGGCUCUGUUAACUCGAAGCCAUAAGCGUUUACUACAAAACAAAACGUACCCGAGCUCUCUAUCACUUACGUGAAAUGAGAAUUCUUGCACGUGGUAAGCGCCUAUUUUUUACCCUUGUUGUAUUUGAUCUUAAAUGAAAGAUAUCAGAUAUUAUGAUCAUCAAUUUCAUCUAUCGGGUAAGUAUCUUUUAGAUUUCUUUUAUAUUCAGUCUACUAAAAGUUCAAUUGAACAUAAUUGUUUGAGGAGCACACUACCUGCUUAAUUCAAUAUCCAUCUGUGGAAUAAUCUCAUUAUAUAUCUUAGAGUUUAAUCAUUUCUUAUUCGUGUGUUUAACACUAAUUUAAACACACUUUUUCUUUUUGUAUAAAUUUAAUAUUAUUUUUUCCAAACGUUUGAAUGAUACAGUAUCAUUUUCUUCAGUGACAUAAUUAACAAGAUUCAAAUUCAAUACAAUGAACAUAAAGGUAAAAUAUUUAAAUUUCAUAUAAUGUACAUGUGAUAGAAAAUGUAUUUGUUGUGUAUAUGUAUAUUCAAUAGAUGUUAAAACUGUAUUAUGUAGAUAUUUCUAUUCUAAAGUUAUUUUUAUUUUUUUCCUUAAUUUUUCUUUCUCCUUUCUUCGAAUGGACUCUCUCAUAGAAUCGCUCGAUGAAACACAGAAAAAGAAUUAAAGAAAAAUCUCCUAAUUUAUGUACCAAAUAACAACACAAAAUAAAUUAGUAUGCAGUGAACGAGAAACGUCGAAAACUUUCAAUUCAUCGUGUCUAAAUUCUCGCUCCUUUUGGUGCAUAUAACGUCUAGAAUUUAAGAGUAACGAACACGUCCGUUAGCUAACCGAGUUAUAUGUUUCCAAAUCCUGAAUCUCAAAAUAACAGCGAAAAAAGUUCUCUAUGAAUUAAUCAACACGUAAUUUACUUUAUAAUCUUUUUUCACUUACUUUCUUAAUGAUUAAUGUAAAUUUUGAACUCUAUAUCCGAUACUAGAUAAUAUAUCUUUUAUUUUAAUUAGGUUUGAACUUAGCAUAUUUGCAUCUGUAUAAAAAUAUCUGAUAGUUCUCUAUUUCACUGAUUUUUUUAUUAUGAUCUUCCUUAAAUAUUUAACGUCUUAUAUCUAUUAUAAACAUUAUUAGCAAUAUUGUAAGUUAAAAGAUUUCUCCUUCUAUUUCAAAUCGUUUUAUUUCAUACUAUCAUCAAAGUUGAACCAACACGCUGGUCAAUCUCUACUUUAAUUUUUGUUGUAAUAAUUCUUCUCUGUAUAUCCAAUUAGAAGAGAUUACGAUGUUCUGUCAAUACGAUCGUCUCUUCUCUGCAUAGGUUAAAUACAAUAAAAAUGAUCAUACCAUCAUUGUUUUGCUUUUUUUGCUAUCUUUUUUAGCAAGCAUUAACAUUUCGAAAUGAUGAACUAAUUCAAAAAACUGUUCGCUUACUUAAUGUUCAAAGUAUCUUACCAUUAUUAGAACAUUUGAACAAUUAUUUAUAUGAAAGUGCUGAAAAAGGACUCAUUGCCUCCAAAUGGUUACGAGUUGUAUUGAGUACACAUACAUCUUAUUUGAUGACAUGUUCCGAUAUAAGUGAACGUUUGGGACCACUCUAUGAAUUAAUAGAAGCGCGUACAAAAUUAUAUCCGAAAUUAUCACGUUUACAUGGAAAAUUAAUGCUUAUAGCUUCACAAAUGACGACACAAAAUGACAUAUUAUGUACAGAUGAAAUUUCAUCUCAGCCAAGAUUAAUAUUUGAAGAAUUAUCUGAUGAGGAUGACGAACAAGUAGACGAUGAUAUCGUUCCAAGUCCAUCUGAAUACGAAGAUUACAGUGGUCUUUCUGAUGAUUUGGAUUUAUUAAAUGACGAGGAUGAAAAUGAGAAUGAAGAUUUUGAUGAAGAGGAGAAUAAAUCACAAAAUAAUAAUAGCGAUUAUCAAGAGAUGUUGAUAGAACAUAAUAAUACAUUAUCGAACUACAAGUCGAAACGUAUCAAUCAGCUACCGAAUACCGGUAACAACAAUAAACAUAAUACUAGUGAUCUGGAAGAAGAUGAAGAGGAUAUGGACUGA